AUGACAAUAUUCAGGCAACAGUCUUGCGGCAACUUCGUCUCGAAGACGAAUCUGAAACUAGGAGGGAUCAACUAUGAAAAACCUGUGGAUUGCAAGGUACCGACGCUCAUAGUUGGUUACGACGUUGCUCAUCCUGGAAGGCCGACAACUGGCGAAACAAAGAACAGGAUGCCACCAAGCAAACCCAGCGUUGUUGGAGUGGAACCCAAUGUACUGAAUGCUCGCUUCAAAUGGAUGCUUGAAUUGUUCACGAAAAAUCGCGGUGUAUGGCCGGCAAAAUGUCGUCACUCACACGAGAAUGGUACACAACAUGUGUCGGAAAGGGCCAGCUAUAAAAUGGUGAUUGAUGAAGAGCUGUUCGCGAUCAAGCAGGCAUGCGAAGAGUUUGGAAAUCUCCACGGUCGCCAAUCAUGGAUGCCACGAUUCACCGUGAUUGUGGCUACCAAACGUCAUAAUGCCGUUUCACUUCACGUCGAAAAACAGGGUAGGUUGGCCAAGAGAUGGUUUCGGACAUGA